AUUCCAUUGUCGCAUAACCGUGGCAGAUUAUCUUCUUCCCGCCAAACAUGGCGCAUCGGCACCAAAGAUCUCAGAGCUCUUCGUCUCUCUCUACGAAUGAGCUUUGCUUCAAGCUCAAAAGGCUUGCUUCUCGCCACGAGCAAAUGAAGAUAGCAUAUCACGAGCUCAAGUCUCAGAUCAAUUCCGGUUUGCUUGAGGCGGAAGGAGUGUUCGCGUCUUUGGCAAUUCCGUUGAUCAAGCUGGUCGGUUUGAAAACUAAGGAAAUGGCCGAAGAAGGACGAUUCACCACCAUUAUCAUCAAUAAUCAUUCACCUCAAGGGAGCCGGAGAAAUGGAGUGGAAUUGGAAUCAUCAGAUGCUACUACCGGAAGGGAGCAAGGCUAUCAGAUUGGUAAAUUGGAGGAAGAAAGUUAUGCUACUAGAGCUACCAUAGCAGGCAAAGAACUCAUGGACAAGCAACAAACAAACCUAUUACAACUUGUUCGCCUCCUUAGACAAAUUGAAUUCCAAGUCAACAGUCGUCAAGAUGACAUUUUAGGGACCCUUGAUAGCCACCGCAUCUCCCUCAACAAGUUCUUCCAGAAGUCCGUGUCUUAUAUAUCUGCCCUUCAUAGUCAAAACCGCGACAUAUUUCUCAUAACGCUGAGACUCCUUCGAGAGAUAUUCAACAAUGUGAAUGCGAUUCUGAGCUCGGUGGAGGGCGGUGUGGAGCACCUAAUACAGGGAUUGGCUGAAAAGAUGUGCAUUCCAAUGGUGGAGUAUGUGAAGGGCCUGAAGGAUGAUAUGAGGAAUGGAACAUGUGUGCGCUUAUUGGCCAUGGUGGAAGAGAUGGAAAGAAUGAUAAGAAAGGGAGCUCUCGAGCUAGAAGAAGCAAGGAAGAAAAUCAGAGUUGCAGAAGAGGGGAAAACUGAGGCCAUAUGCAAGUUAAAGACGAUAGAAGAAAGAGUAAGGAGAAUGAAUGAACACCUUUCCCUUGACGAAACUGGACUUAGAGGACCUCCUACUUCCCACAUGUUAUUAGGCAUGGAGGAAGAGAAAGCAAAAGAUGACAAGCUGUUAUGGAAACUAACGAAGAGGAAAAGAAAACAUGAAGCACCAGCUAGCCCGAUGGGACCCGAUGGGCUUCUACGCUUUGACACCAGUAACGGGCACUAUAAGUCGGCAGGUGUAAGGCUGUCCUUCAAUCACAAGCAAAUUACCAAGGGUUGCACGAGAGCGCUAGGUCCACAAACUCCAUGCUUGAAUACUUGGAUUCCUUUGGGCUCAUCGCCUUCACAGGCAAUUAAACCUCCUACUUCAUGCAAGCGAAUCAUACCCUGAAUUCGAGUUUCAAGUUGUAGAAUUUGCUAUGUUGGUUUCUUUCUUGAAACUGCAAAUACAGGAUCAAAUGAACCUAUUUCCUCACAAGCUCUUCCUAUAUUCAAUCAAGCGGUAGAAGAUGUGCAUAAUAACAUGUCCCAUUCUACUUAUGACCAUGAGACCAUGGUAAGUGAUUUUUAGCAGCCCUGUCAUGGCAUCAGUAUUUUCCCAUAUAGAAUGGUUGUUUGGGAAUUUAAAUUGUCUACGAGCUUUUAUUUAUGUUUUUUUUGUUGGUGUUCUUGGAGGAAAGAAAAUCUUUGCAUUUGAAUUUGACCUAU